UCAAACAUAGUUCCGGUUCGAAUUUUUCCACCUGAAAUUAAAAAAAUUGUGGAAGAAAGUUCAAACCUUUAGACGACAACAAGGGUGGUUGGUACUUGGUAACCCAAAAUAAAAAACAAAAAAAAAAACAAAAACUAUAUGACAUGGUGAGAUAAUGUAGUCCACCACACCAAUCUCUCCCCUCCCACAUCACGCCUGUUUUCACCGCCGUCUCUCUUCGUCGGUGAUUUCACUAUUCCGAUUUGGUCUAAUUUUUCUCCAACCCAUUCCGCAAAAACCCUACUUUUUCUUUUGUCAAAAGGUUUAUAAAAUCUCAGCCGCCUCCUGAUCUACGACCAAAACCCCUAAAUGGCUACAGAGGCAACAACCGCUCCCAAAUUCCAGGAACCAGAUCUCCGGCAAGUCUCUCCAUCACCGGAUUUUAAACAUGAAACCGCUCACGACGGCCUUAAAUUCUGGCAAUUUAUGAUCGCCGGUUCCAUCGCUGGUUCCGUCGAACACAUGGCGAUGUUUCCCGUCGAUACAGUGAAGACCCAUAUGCAAGCGCUCCGGCCAUGUCCGUUGAAACCCGUCGGAAUCCGGCAAGCUUUCCGUUCGAUAGUCCAAAAGGAAGGACCUUCAGCUCUGUACCGAGGGAUUUGGGCUAUGGGUCUCGGCGCUGGACCUGCUCACGCCGUUUACUUCUCCUUCUACGAGGUUUCGAAGAAGUUUUUAUCCGCAGGAGGGAAUCAGAACAACUCCGCCGCUCAUGCGAUCUCCGGCGUGUUCGCGACUAUAUCGAGCGAUGCUGUUUUGACUCCCAUGGAUAUGGUGAAGCAGAGGUUGCAGAUGGGUGAAGGGACUUAUAAAGGAGUUUGGGAUUGUGUCAAGAGGGUAAUGCGUGAGGAAGGGUUUGGUGCCUUCUAUGCUUCUUAUAGGACGACGGUUUUGAUGAACGCGCCUUUUACUGCUGUUCACUUUGCGACUUACGAGGCGGCUAAGAAGGGGUUGAUGGAGUUUUCUCCUGAAAGGGUUAGUGAUGAGGAAGGUUGGUUGGUUCAUGCCACUGCUGGAGCUGCUGCUGGUGGAUUGGCAGCUGCUGUGACUACGCCGCUUGAUGUUGUCAAGACGCAGUUGCAAUGUCAGGGUGUGUGUGGAUGCGACCGCUUCACUAGUGGUUCGAUUAGCGAUGUACUGAGAACGAUAGUGAAGAAAGACGGAUACAGAGGACUUCUAAGGGGAUGGCUACCGAGAAUGCUCUUUCAUGCGCCUGCUGCAGCAAUCUGUUGGUCCACUUACGAAGGGGUCAAAUCUUUCUUUCAUGACUUGAAUGGCGAUUCAAACACUGCCUGAAAAAAAAAAAAAAAGACAAAAGGGUUAGGCGAUUGAGGAUCUUGUUUUUUCUCUAUUAUUGUUUGUAAAACUAGUUUUGUCAGGUUUUCUAGUUUUCUACUACUGUUAUGUUAGAUUAUAUUUGUCGAGCGAGCUUGUCGAUGAUGUUGUCGUCGAGAAAUUUUGGUAAAAGUUGUACAAAAACUAUGUUCCUUCCAAACCUUCCAAUAAAUAACUUAACAAAACA